AUGUUAAGAACUUGGGCCUUCCACCAUCAUCAACAACAACUUGGGCCUUCCACCAUCAUCAACAACAAGACAGGCCUUCAACCAUCAACAACAACACGGACCUUCAACCAUCAACAACAACACGGGUCUUCAACCAUCAACAACAACACGGGCCUUCAACCAUCAACAACAACACGGGCCUUCAACCAUCAACAACAACUCGGGCCUUCAACCAUCAACAACAACACGGGCCUUCAACCAUCAACAACAACACAGGCCUUCAACCAUCAACAACAACUCGGGCCUUCAACCAUCAACAACAACACGGGCCUUCAACCAUUAACAACAACACGGGCAUCCAACCAUCAACAACAACACGGGCCUUCAACCAUCAACAACAACACGGGCCUUCAACCAUCAACAACACGGGCCUUCAACCAUCAACAACAACACGGGCCUUCAACCAUCAACAACAACUCGGGCCUUCAACCAUCAACAACAACACGGGCCUUCCACCAUCAACAACAACACGGGCCUUCAACCAUCAACAACAACACGGGCCUUCCACCAUCAACAACAACACGGGCCUUCCACCAUCAACAACAACACGGGCCUUCCACCAUCAACAACAACACGGGCCUUCAACCAUCAACAACAACACGGGCCUUCAACCAUCAACAACAACACGGGUCUUCCACCAUCAACAACAACACGGGCCUUCAACCAUCAACAACAACACGGGUCUUCAACCAUCAACAACAACUCGGGCCUUCAACCAUCAACAACAACACGGGCCUUCAACCAUCAACAACAACAUGGGCCUUCAACCAUCAACAACAACACGGGCCUUCAACCAUCAACAACAACACGGGUCUUCAACCAUCAACAACAACUCGGGCCUUCAACCAUCAACAACAACACGGGCCUUCAACCAUCAACAAUAACAUGGGCCUUCCACCAUCAACAACAACACGGGCCUUCAACCAUCAACAACAACUCGGGCCUUCAACCAUCAACAACAACACGGGCCUUCAACCAUCAACAACAACACGGGCCUUCCACCAUCAACAACAACACGGGCCUUCAACCAUCAACAACAACUCGGGCAUUCAACCAUCAACAACAACUUGGGACUUCAACCAUCAUCAACAACAACACGGGCCUUCCACCAUCAACAAGACUUAUAUAACAUUUAGUGACCGUACACAGCAGCAAUAUCACUUCAGCUAG